CACUCAGUUGUUUCUUUCUUAAAGUGCCUCAACCAAAAAUAUAACCUUAUGGGAAACACUAGCUUCCUUCUCCCUCUUAUGGUAUUUGUGGCGGUGUUGUGCAACUUUGUGGUUGCUUUGUCAGCAGAAUCACCCAACAUCACCACUGACCAAUUGGCUCUUCUUGCACUAAAAGCCCAUGUCACUCAUGACCCUCAAAACAUAUUGGCAACCAACUGGUCUACCACUACCUCCGUUUGCAAUUGGAUUGGUGUCACUUGCAGAUCCGAUCAUCAAAGAGUCGUCACUCUUAAUCUUUCAGACAUGGGUCUUAUAGGCACCAUCCCACCUCACUUGGGAAAUCUCUCUUUUCUUACUAAGCUUAACAUCCCAAACAACAAUUUUCAAGGCUCGUUACCCAUGGAGUUGGCUAAUUUGUCUUCCUUGCAAUAUAUAAACUUUGAUAACAACAGUUUCAGUGGGGAAAUCCCAUCAUGGUUUGAUUCCUUCACUCAACUUCAGAGUUUGUCUCUAUACGGUAACAACUUCUUUGGUGUUAUCCCGUCUUCUUUGGGUUCUUUGUCAAACCUUAAGGAGUUAUUCUUAUAUGACAACGAUCUGAAAGGGCAUAUUCCUGUAGCAAUCGGAAAUCUUUCUAACUUGAAAUAUUUGCGUUUGGGACAAAAUCAACUUUCAGGUAGAAUUCCAACCAGUUUAUUCAAGUGCAAAGAGUUAGAAGUUUUAUUCUUAUAUGAUACUGCCUUGAAGGGAAGUGUGCCUGAGGAAAUUGAGAAUUUGACAAGAUUAAGCGACUUAGCCCUCAAUGGGAAUGAUCUAACAGGUAGAAUUCCAACCAGUUUAUUCAAGUGCAAAGAGUUACAAGUUUUAAUUUUAUCUAGUAAUGCCUUGGAGGGAAGUGUGCCUGAAGAAAUCGGGAAUUUGACGAGAUUAAGCUACUUGUCCCUCUAUAGGAACAACCUAACAGGUGAAAUUCCAUCAGCUAUUGGAAGCCUGACUUCUAUUAUACGCCUUGAUCUUUCGAAUAACAGCUUGACAGGUGAAAUUCCAUCAGCUGUUGGAAACCUGUCUUCUAUUCAGCAUAUUGAUUUUCGGAUUAACAACUUGGCAGGUAGAAUUCCAACCAGUUUAUUCAAGUGCCAAGACUUAGUAUUUCUAAGUUUAUAUAGAAAUACCUUGGAGGGAAGUGUGCCUCAAGAAAUUGGGAAUUUGACUGGAUUAAAAUACUUUUCUCUCGGAGAGAACAACCUACAAGGUGAAAUUCCAUCAGCUAUUGGAAGCCUAACUUCUAUUAAGGAGCUUGAGUUUUCGCAUAACAACUUGACAGGUGAAAUUCCAUCAGCUGUUGGAAACAUGACUUCUAUUGUGAAUCUUGAUUUUUCGCAUAACAACUUGACAGGUGAAAUUCCAUCAGCUAUUGGAAGCCUGACUUCUCUUUGGUUCCUUGAUUUUUGGCACAACAACUUGACCGGACGGCUUCCAACUCUACCACCUUCAUUAUUUUGGUUCAGCGUGUCAGACAAUCAAUUAGUUGGAGAAAUCCCUUCCUCAAUAUGCAAUUUGAGCUCCCUUCAAGUUCUGGACUUGUCAGAUAAUAAUUUGAAUGGAAUUAUCCCGGUAUGUCUUGGAAAUUUAACUCUUUUACAUUCGAAUCUAUAUCUGAACGACUUUCAUGGGGAAAUAAGAGAAAUUCUAUUUCCUAAAAGUUGUUCAUUGAGAAGUUUUCGCAUCAGCAGCAACCAGCUUGAAGGGCCAAUACCACAAUCCUUGGUUAAUUGCAAGAACUUGGAACUUUUAGAUUUGGGGAGGAAUAACUUAACUGACGUCUUUCCUUAUUGGUUAGGGAGAUUGAAUCUACAAGUUCUUGCCUUGCAAUCCAAUAAAUUCUAUGGCCACAUUGUCAAUUCUGAAGUUGCAUCUUCCUUCUCCCAUUUGCGGAUCAUUAAUCUCUCUGACAAUGACUUCAGUGGCUGCUUGCCAUCAAAAUUUUUUGAAAGUUUGCAUGCUAUAAGCAAUGGGUAUGAAAACAAAAGUGAAGUAGACUACAUGGGAACUAAGUAUGUCACUUCUGCGUCGUAUUAUGAUGCCACUUAUGUGUAUUAUGAUGAAUCUUUAUUUGUUACACUAAAAGGGUUGGAGAUUGAGUUCAAGAGAAUCUUAACCACUUUGACGGUUAUUGAUUUUUCAAAUAAUCGAUUCAGUGGACAGAUUCCUGAAAUAAUUGGAAAACUUCAAUCACUUAUAGUCCUCAAUCUCUCUCACAAUAGUUUAACAGGACCUAUACCAUCAUCCUUAAGUAAUUUGUCUAAGGUUGAAUCAUUAGAUCUCUCAUCAAACAAGCUUGAAGGAAGUAUUCCAGCACAGUUAAAAAAUCUUGGAUUCUUAGCGGUAUUAAACCUUUCUUGGAAUAAUUUCGUCGGACCCAUUCCUCGAAGGCAAACAAUUUGAUACUUUCACAAAUGAUAGCUACCUUGGGAACUUGGGUUUAUGCGGACUCCCAUUAUCAAAAGGCUGUGGAAAUGAUCAGGAUUGGGAACCACCUCCAACAAUAUUUGAUGAUGAUGAAGAUACAACAAAAGAAUUGAACUGGAGAUUUUCUAUAUUGAUCGGGUAUGGAUGUGGGCUAGUACUGGGAUUGAGUAUGGGAUAUAUUGUGUUCACAUCUAAAAAACCAUGGUGGUUCAUUAAGAUGAUCGAAAGAGUUCAGCGAAAAUAUGUUAGAAGAACAUAAGUAAUGCUCUCAGGUUGGAUGUGUUCCGAUUAAGGAUCAAUACUCCCAUGGGAAGCCAAUUCAUCCAUUGAGACAUUGGCAAAAAUUGGAUUUUGACAAGGAGAUUUUCCAAGUCUUGUGUGGUAUGGGUUCUAUCAUUCUAUAUAUUAUGGUGAACUUUCUUUUAUAUAUAUUGUCACAGCUUUUGUUCAACCCGACUUUAGUCAAUAAUUUCAGUUGCAUUAGUCUUAUCUUAUUUAUUUUAUAGAUGAUUUUCCUGUGAUUUUGUUGAGAUUAUGGAAUGUAUUUUCGACAUGAUAUAUACCUUCAACUAUCCUAUAUAUGAC